UAAAAAGUUUUGCACUUCUUAAUCUCCUUGACAUCUAAAGAGAGGCUGUUACCGCUGAGAAGGCCUCUGCCUGGUUCCCUGUAACUUCGUUUCUAGCAUUGAGGGAUCCAGCAUACCUUCAGAGGAGGACCUCUGUGUCUGGGCUAAUUGAUGAGGGGUAGAGAUGCUCCUUCAGGUAUACUGGUCCCAGGCCAUUUUUGGUUUUAAAGGUCAGCACCAACACUUUGAAUUGUGCGUGGAAAUGUACUGGGAGUCAGUAAAGAUCCUUUAGGACCAGUGUUAUAUGGUUAUCUAUGUUAUACAUUUUUAUUCUAUGCAAUCCAAUAUCUGAUGAUGAUAUUUCCAAAACCACUGAGAUUGUUUUAGGAUACUUAGUUGAGAAUUUUAAAGUCAAAUUUAAAACUUCUUAAUCUUUCUUAAUAGUGGCUCCGAGUCUUUUAUAUGUUUUAUGUGUUUAAUAUGUCUGGAUUAUUAAUUUUUAUGGAUUUAAUUGUCUAAAUUAUGCUGAUAAAGGCUGAAUGAAUGAGUAGUAUUAGUCUGUUUUUUUGGUUAAGUUUUAUUUGCUGUUAUAAUCUGAAUUAAUGUUAUAAUAUGAAUUAAUGAUUGCCUAGCCUGCACCAUAUUUCAUGUAACCAAAACUGAAAGACCAGGCUGCUUCUGUCUGUACUCUUAAGUGAACACUGUCAUGCAAAGAAUGAUGGAUUCUGUGUUUCCACUUGAUAAAUCUUUGUUUUAUUGUACAGGUACUGAAGUUGGGUAUCAAAGACCUUGGCCAGUGAUAUAGAUUAGUUAAGGUUGGACUACAAUAAUUAUUUCCCUGAUGGCCACCUCUACAGAUUUGAAUUGGGAAGAAAACUUGAUCGCACACUGGAUGUCUAAUGCUCCCCGGGCUGGAGUUAUAUUAAAUCCUGCUUUCCAUAGUUUGAAAACCACUAGAGCACUCAGUAUUGACAAUACCUCACCAGGUAUUUCAAGUAAUUCACUACACAGUUCAAGCAGCAUUUCUCUAAGUGAAAACUCUCUACAGAUAGAGCAAGCCGUGGCAUUGAGCAGUCCUUGUGGGGACAAGUUGGACAUACCCAAAACACUUUCUCCAAUUUCAUUAGCUAAGGAGGAGCAAAUGCUGAUUGUUAAAGAUACUCCAGGUCAGUGGGUAGCCCUGCAAAGUGAUACUGAAUGUGAUCAGCUGGAUGGUCUGGAUGAAGAAUGUUGCACUGAUCUACUUCUUCAAAAGCUUGAGCAGCUCAAAGGACUGCAACAGCACAAACAGGAACAGCUAAAAAGGCAACAAAUGGAGCAAAUUCAAAGGCUAAUGGAAGAACAACAGAAACUACUUUCAAUGGUCUCUGAGCAGCAAGCACAUACUGGCUUUCGUGUAAUGGAAGAUGGCUUGAGUCAAAGAUCUGAUCACUCACCUCCUGUGCCAUCUCUUCCACCACAUCGCAAUGGAGACGGUGUUUAUUGGAACAGUGGGCCUUGCAUUCCUUCUCCUGUUGAAGAAAAGGAUUCUUUUAAAAAAUCCAAGAAUGGCCAAAUAUUGAAGGGAACCAUCUCUGCAGAUCCUUUUUGCGAGAGAGAGACUUUAGAUUUGUCUUUCAAAAUGAAGAAUGAAUUGAAGGUUGAAGACCAGAAUGGCAUUUCAGGAGAAAAUAGUGAGAUUAUGGAGCAAAAUCUACUUGGACAUGCAGAUGGUGACAUUGGUUGUAAAAGCACAGGGAAUGCAGAGACCCCUGAAAGCCAGACUGGAGGGAAGUGCUUGGAAAUACUCAAUGCUGAGGAAAGACCUGUUCCUGCUAGUAUUCAAGAAAGAAAACAGUCAUUUGAAGAGUUCCUAGAAGAACAGAUACGACUAGAAGAACAACGGCUGAGCCAAAAAGGAAAUAAAAAGGAUUCUGAAAGAUCAACAUUCCAGACACCAGUUGCAAAACGACCCUUUCUAAAACGAGGUGAAGGUUUAAGUAGGUUUGCUGGUCCAAAAUCCAAAGCAGCUAAUCAGAAAGAAAGCAAAGUAACUCCUCACCUUAAUGCACCAGAAGUAAAAAACCCAGUUAAAGCAGACAAGCCACAGCUUCACCGGAAAACGGCCACUUCAAAUAAAGAACAAACUUCUGACAAUUUUGUGUCUAAAAAUGGUAAUCAGAAUGGUAAGACGAAGAAAGCUCCAGCUCUUCCUGCUCGAAAAACAGCAGUGCUCAGAACUUGUGCUGGGAAAGCUAUCCCUUCAUCUACAAGACGAAAUCCUAGUGAAAGGAAAUCUGGACAACAGAGAGAGUUUGCCAGGUCAGAAAUAAAUGGUGAAAGAGAAAAGAAUAAAGAUAAUAUAAUGGCACUUGCAAAGCUGGAUGAAAUUGGCUGCGAGUUACCCAAAGAAAAGUAUGCGCACCCAGCACAAGUGACCAAAGACCUUACGAAUUCCUCUGAAAAAGACCUUGACCUCUCUUUUGAACUUUCUUUCCAGAAGAAAUUGGAAAACUGGGAUACUGAAAAGGAAAAAGAGGAAAUUGAAUUGGAUGAAUUUUUGUUUCUAGAGCAGGCUGCUGAUGAAAUCUCCUUUGCCAGCAAUUCCUCACUUAUUGUAAGGAUCUUGGAUCAAGGCCAGCAGAUUUCUACAGGGCGCAGACUGUCUUCUACUCCCAUUAAAUCAAGGCAGCAACAACGGCAGAUAAAUGUGCAGGACGCUACAGCUGUAGAGAACAGAAAUGGAGACAAAUGUGUUUCCCGACCAGCAAACAAUGAAAAGGACAGAGGGAUGAUCACUGAAUCCCAGGCAUCUGAAAUGCUGAAGGAUCAUCAAAAUAAAAUUGACAGUAAAAUGCUUCAGGCUUUCCCUACUGAGUUUCAAGGUUCUGGAGACACUGAGUGGGACGAAGAUAAAUCUGGUGAAAGUAGUGAUGUGAGUUUGGGGUCUGAGGACGAAUUUGAGACUACCGUAAAGCCUGCUGAGAGAGGUAAAAAGUUUGAUUUGAGUCAUAGAGGUGACAGUCCUGAAUUUUCAGAGUACAAAGAAGGCACAAAUAGAGAUGCCAGCCUUGGCUUACUAGAAAAAAAUGUUGGUAGUAUCCAGUGCAGCAAGAUAAACAAGAAUACUGAAUCUCAAAGUGUGUGUUGUGCAAAUAGAAAUCAAGUUGAUUUUGAUGAUGAAACAUCGUGGACAGACUUUGACGAGAAUGGGAGUCAGUGUACCCAAGUACCAAAUGAUGACUUGGUUAUUAAAGGACCAUUGUCCCCUGGCUGUUCAUCUAAGAGUGAGGCAUUUUUCCCCGAUAAAAGGAUAAAGAGGAAGAUUGCAGUAGCAAAGAAAGCGGAUGUUCAGCCCAGGCAAAGUGUGGCAGACAGUGAGGUAAUUGCACCUCCCACAACAGAUCUGAUGCUGAAGCUCUUUCCUUCUCUGAGGCCCAAACAGAAGGUAGAGGCACAGCAAAGACAUGAUGCCAAACCCAAUGUGUCUCAGGAAGAAUCAGGAGGAGACGCGGCUCGUUCCCAGCUAUUGAGAGAGAAACUUGUUGAAUUGGAAGUUGAAAUUGAACGGUUUAGGGAAGAAAAUGAAUCCCUCACAAAACUUCGAGAAGAGCGUGAGAAUGCUUUGGAAAAGUUCAGGAAAGAAGUUGCUGACUUUGAACAACAGAAAACCAAAGAGCUUACUCGAAUUGAAGAAUUUAAAAAAGAAGAAACAAGAAAGCUGCAAAAAGAACGUAAAGUUUUUGAGAAGUAUGCACAGGCAGCUAGAGCUAUUCCAGAUAAAAGGGAACGGGAUGAAAUUCAGGCUUUGAAGCAGCAAAUGGCAACCUUGCAGGAAGAUUUAAAAAGAAGAGAGACAAAAUGGUCAACAACCCACAUUCGUCUUAGAGACCAGAUAGAGGCCUUAACCAGGGAGAAUGUGCAACUACGGGAAGAGAUCAAAAUUAUGGAACGAUUUCGUUUGGAUGCUUGGAAGAGAAAAGAAGCGUCUAUAAACAAGAAGAAAACUGGCUGUGAUAAGAAAGCAGAGUCAGCACAUUCUCCAGCUGUAUUGCAAAAAACCCAGACUCUGCCUUCAAUUCCUCAAGCAGAAAAGAGCAGCAAGAUGAAUGGCAAAAGUGAUCUGUCGUCAGAAGGAAGACCCUGUGCAAAAUUUAAACUAGCAGCUGCACCUGAAGAGAGUUGCUUGAACAAUGUGGCAAUGACUUUUGAAGAUUCCUCCAAGGCAUUUAUGGCUAAUUUACCUGGUAAUGGAACUGUUGAAUUAUCACCAUCACUAAGUCCUGAUUCAUCAGACAGUGAAGAAAUAGAGAGUGAAGCCAAUCAUCCUGAUGGAAAGGUUGAAAAGAUUUUUAAAAAUGGAUCCCACCUGAUUUUUUUCCCUAAUGGCACACGGAAAGAAGUGAGCUGUGAUGGGAAGACUACAACUGUAACAUUCUUUAAUGGGGAUGUAAAGCAAGUUCUGGAAGAUCGGAGAGUGAUAUACUAUUAUGCAGAUGCCAAGACUACGCACACCACCUACCCCACAGGCUUAGAGGUCCUACAUUUCUCAAAUGGACAAAUAGAAAAGCAUUUUCCAGAUGGAAGGAAAGAGAUUGUAUUCCCUGAUCAAACCAUUAAGAACGUGUACACGGAUGGGCGAGAAGUGACCAUUUUCCCUGAUGGCACCAUUGUCCGUACGCAACAGGAUGGAAGUAAGGUUAUCGAGUUCAGUAAUGGCCAGCAGGAAGUGCAUACAGCCCAUUUCAAGAGACGGGAGUAUCCAGACGGUACCGUUAAGACAAUGUAUGCUGAUGGGCGCCAAGAAACGCAGUAUGCUUCAGGUCGAGUUAGAGUUAAAGAUAAGGAUGGUGAGAUUAUUAUGGACACCAUCCUCUAAAUGUUCAGGUCUUAAUUAUUAUCCAUGUUUUCUCUUCUCAAAAAUGUUUGUAAAGGUUGUAUAUAGAUAGUAAAAAGUUUUGCCAAUAAACUUGUUUUUAAAGAUUACACAUUUCAAA